CUUAAGCUCCCACUAAUUUUCCUCCCUUCCUCUAACUUGUACAAAUAUUGGAAGUCAAACCUGUGUUAUCAACCUCUUUUUCCUCAAAAUCUUGUGUUUUUUAGAUGCCCUCUUGUCUCUCAAGUUAAAGGAUAAUCAUUCCAGGAUGCCCUCCAAGGAUUGUAGUUUCUUACACAACUGAACAUCUGACAUGUUAAAGAGUCAAGCCAUAGGCUCUUGAGCCGAGGGCAGUCGAGUUUUGGAGAAUACAAGGCAUAAGUAGUUGAGAAAGGUUUCUGUGGUUUGAUUAUGAGUUUGAUAAGUUCUCGAAGGGGAGAGUUCAGUUUAAGAUGAGAAGAUGAUGGGAAGAAUGCAUGUUUGGAUGUUAACAGCAAGUGUUGGCUCUUUUAUUGUAUCCCUCAUCCAUGUUAUCCAUUUAACCUGUGCAGAAGAAGGUUUUGUCAGCAUAGCAUGCUGUGCUGAAUCAUCAACUUUUACAGAUAAUACCUCUAUUAGCUGGAUAUCAGAUGAGGGAUGGUUCCCUAUUGAGAAUACAGGUUGCGAAAACAUAACCAGACAAGCAGAAAAUGAUGCAAACUAUGAUAGAGUUCGAAUUUUCUACAUUGAACCAGGGAGGAGAAUAUGUUACAAUUUUUCAACUACUAAGAAUCAAAACUAUCUGAUAAGGGCUACAUUUCUCUUUGAUGAUUCUUUGGGUGCUUCUUUCGAUGUUUCGAUUGGUUUCACACCAACAAGUAAUGUGAAAUUGUCCAAGGAUUUGGAGGUUGAGAGAGUUUUUACAGCUACUCAUCACGAUGUUGACUUUUGUUUAAUGAAUCAUUAUGGAUAUCCAUACAUUUCAAAGCUUGAACUGAGGCCCUUGGGGGAUUUGAAGUAUUUACAGGGAAAAGCUUCUGGUGUUUUGAAAUUGGUUAGCAGAGUUGACGCAGGAAACACCGGAAAUAGCAUCAGGUACCCAGAUGACUCAUUUGACAGAAUCUGGAGAAGGCCUGACCCCAAAACGGUUUCCUUAUCGGAACCGACUAAUUCCACCACUUACAUCCAUGAUAUUAAGAAAACAGUGCCAGCCAAAGUUCUCCAAACAGCACUAACCCACACAGACAGACUGGAGUUCCUGCACAAUGACCUUGACACACAGGAUUCCAAUUACACCGUGUUCCUCUACUUUUUUGAGCUCAAUCAAUCUAUAAAAACUGGCCAAAGGGUAUUUGACAUUUACAUUAAUAAUGAAAUAAAGCUGGGGAAAUUUGACAUUUGGGCUUAUGGGUCAGCCUAUAGGGAAGCUGCUCUAAAUGUCACAGCAAGCAGGUCUCUAAACUUGACCUUAGUCAAGGUUGAAAAUGCAUCUGACCUCGGACCUAUUUUAAAUGCCUACGAGAUCUUGCAAUGGAUUCAAGGAACUAACCAGCAAGAUGUGGAAGUGAUCAUGAAGGUGAGAAAUGAACUGAUGCUGAAUAACAAGGAGAAUGAACUGCUGCAGAGUUGGUCAGGAGAUCCAUGCUUUCCUCCAUGGAAAGGUCUGAAAUGCCAGAACAUCAGUCGGUCCUUAUCUGUAAUCACAGGACUGAAUAUUUCUUCAAGUCAAUUUCAAGGACCAAUUCCAGCCGGUAUUACUGAGCUGAGCUACCUAAAGGAAUUGAACCUUAGCUACAAUGGCUUCACUGGCAAGAUCCCAGAGUUCCCGAAAUCCUCAGUGUUGACAUCAGUGGAUCUGAGAUCCAAUGAUCUUUCUGGAUCUGUUCCAGAUUCUCUUGCUUCCCUUACAAAUUUGAAAACAUUAUAUUUCGGAUGCAAUCCUCUCUCCAACACAGAACUUCCUUCCAACAGUACAAGACUCAUUACAGACUCUGGGAAAUGUAGUAGACAGGGAUCUACUACAAAAACACUAGGAAUUGUCAUUGGAACCAUUACAGGUGGAUCAUUUCUGUUCACCUUAGCAGUCGGAAUGUUUUGCAGUUGCUUCUGCAGAAACAAGUCAAGGACACGACGAAAUUUCGAUUGGAAAUCAAACCCAAUGACAAAGAAUGCUGUUUUCUCCGUAGCUAGCACUGUGUCAAAGUCGAUAAACAUUCAAUCCUUUCCACUAGAUUACAUAGAGAAUGUGACCCACAAGUACAAAACCUUAAUAGGUGAAGGUGGGUUUGGAUCCGUAUACCGUGGCACUCUACCAGAUGGUCAGGAAGUGGCAGUUAAGGUCCGGUCAUCUACUUCAACUCAGGGGACUCGGGAAUUCGAUAAUGAGCUAACCCUUCUAUCAGCUCUUCGGCAUGAGAACCUGGUGCCUCUUCUUGGUUAUUGUUGUGAAAAUGAUCAACAAAUUCUCGUUUAUCCAUUUAUGUCCAAUGGCUCUCUACAAGAUCGCCUCUAUGGAGAAGCAGCAAAGAGAAAAACUCUUGACUGGCCAACCAGACUUUCUAUUGCUCUUGGUGCUGCUCGAGGUUUGACAUAUCUUCACACAUUUUCUGGCCGUUGCAUUAUACAUAGAGAUGUCAAGUCAAGCAACAUCCUUCUGGAUCAUAGCAUGAAUGCUAAGGUGACAGACUUCGGCUUCUCAAAGUAUGCUCCUCAAGAAGGAGACAGUGGUGCUUCACUGGAAGUAAGAGGCACAGCUGGGUACUUGGAUCCAGAGUACUACUCGACACAACAUCUUUCUGCAAAAAGUGAUGUCUUUAGCUUUGGGGUGGUUCUACUUGAAAUCGUAAGUGGUCGGGAGCCUCUCAACAUACACAGGCCACGAAAUGAGUGGAGCUUAGUUGAAUGGGCAAAGCCAUAUAUAAGGGAGUCAAGGAUUGAUGAAAUUGUGGAUCCUGGCAUAAAGGGUGGGUACCAUGCAGAGGCAAUGUGGAGAGUGGUAGAGGUAGCACUAGUAUGCAUUGAGCCCUUCUCUGCUUAUCGACCAUGCAUGACUGACAUUGUUCGGGAGCUAGAGGAUGCUUUGAUCAUAGAAAACAACGCAUCUGAAUAUAUGAAGUCCAUAGACAGUUUGGGAGGAUACAGCUUGGGAGGGUCCAAUCGCUUUGGUUCCAAUCGCUUCUCAAUUUCCACAGACAAGAAGAUCGCUUUAUCACCACCGGUUCCAACGCCACCAGACCCAUCACCGAUCAACUCACAAGCCUUGGCUCCUCUAGAGCCGAGAUAGUAGAUGGCCCGAUGAGAUGUGAAUCUUUGAAUGAAGAUCCAUUGAGUCGCAUUAUAUGGCAGAAUAUUAUACAAGAGAGACUGUAAAUUUCCAUUGCUCUUUUACAAGAGAUUAUGCAACUGGCUGCAGAUUUUAUUUGCUAGGAAAUUUUAAUUAAUUUUUUCUCUACUAUUCAAGUCAAAAACCUGUUUUUCAGCGUAA